GACAACGGGCUCCUUUUUUCCGAUGCUACAGUACCAUUGGGAUAAGAAGUUAUGGAAAAAGUAACUGUUCUGGGGGGAAAAAAAGGAUCAUCUAGCAGGAUCAUUGUAUCCUUAGGGCUGAGGGUAGUAAUAAUAAAUAAUAAUAAAAUAAAAUAAAAAAAACAGGCUAUGUGAUAUAAACAGCAAGUGCAACAAUAGGAGUCUAUUCUUCUAUUAAAAACAUUAACAUUAAACCCAGCUAGGGUUUGGGUUCCCCUUGUGCCACCAGGGCAGCUCUGUCCCCUUGGGUCAUGACUCUACAGGACCUCUGAGUGCACUGUGCUGUCUGGUAGCAGGACCUUGACAGUGAAUCCUUUGGGUGUUGUUGGUUGGUGGUGAAGCCACUGUGGAUCAGAUUUGUUUGACAGAUUUAUCAGACUGGUAUCUGCGGAGUUUGAGGGCCACGUCGGUCCAUUCUGCCUUUGGUCCUCACAGACAUAGCAGCAGAAUGGCUUCUAACAACAGUGUUAACCUCCUUUCUGGUUCUGAAUUCUCCAGCAAAAAUGACAAAGCUACAUUGGACAUUGAUGCUAUUAUGGAAAACAUCACUAUUGUCUUUUACACAAUCACUAUCCUUUUCGGAACCACAGGGAACGCUGUGGUCAUCUGGAUGUCUGGAUUCCGUCUAAAAGCCAACGUCACCAAUGUGUGGCUGGUCAACUUGGCUGUGGCGGAUUUGAUUUUUUGCCUCACUCGUGUUACUUCGUUGAUUAAGAAAGUCUUCUAUGAAUAUUGGCCCUUUGGCACCUUUGUGUGCAAGUUUAAUGGAUUCUUCAAGUACACCAAUAUGUUCUGCAGUGUAUUCCUCCUGGCUGUCAUUAGUCUGGAUCGGGCGCUUUGCGUUUGGAAACCAGUGUUCACCAGGCGGCGGCGAACUCUGUGUGCAGCUAGACUCAUCAGUGUUGGGGUUUGGAUCGUGGCGAUCGUCUUCAGUGUACCAUACUAUGUGUACCGACAAGUAUAUAUAAGCAAGAAAAACGUGACCAAGUGCUCCAUGGAGGUGCCGCAAUUAACUGAAGAUGACAACAGAGCUAAACUGGCCUUGUACAGCAUUCGCUUCUUAUGUGGCUUUUUGUUGCCCUUCCUCAUCAUCCUAACCUGCUAUGUAUUAGCUGGUUUAGGGAUACGCCGAACACGUAUCCUGCACAAAUCAAAACCCCUCAAAAUUCUUUUUGGUUUGGUCUGUGCCUUCUUCCUGUGCUGGGGGCCUUACCACUUCUUCCUUUUGGCCAAGAUGGUGGAGGGCAAAAGCCAAGCAGUAAAAGUAGGACUACCCAUAGCUAAGUGCGUAGCCUACUUUAAUAGCUGUGUAAAUCCACUUUUGUACUUCUGUAUGGGGCUGGACAAGAGGCUUCGCUUUAAACAAAGCCUGUCUCGGGUUUACGCUAGAGCUCUAGCCGAAGACUGGGAAGGGCAGUCUAAGGAACAGACAGGUUCAGGAACAGUGGAUGACAGUGGGAGUGCAUUUCCAGGGAAGUAAAUGUCUGGAGGAGUAGCUAAUGUUGAAAAAAAAAAAAGCUGUACAAUAAUUGCUCGAGUUCCAUUAUACACUGUAGCAAAUGUUAAUAAAAAGACAUUUAUGUUAACGUUAGAUUGCUAGUAACUACCAGAACUCAUUAUAUUCAUUAAUACUAACAAAUGUUAAGCUAGUAACCCAUAAGUACUGUUAACAAGGUCUAUUAACACAUGUGCAUCAUCUAGCAAGAAUACACAUGAAAUAGACCGCAUGUGCAACUAUAGAGCUCUAACUGUUACAUUAUAGCUUAUUAAAGGGUAAUCUAAUUAUCCUCUAACAAGUGGUCAUUAUUCUAAAUGUCCAAAUAUUUAUGUAAAUUUCAUUGUUUUUAAUUUAUAAGCUUUUCGCUUUCUUUU